AUGAACUUCUCCAAGCUGCUGUGCUUGGUGCUCGUGUGCAGCGAGCAAUUUGGGCAAGUGCUGGCAACAGAGCAGACAGAAGAAUGCAAGAUGGCCGAUGAUGGCACAGCUAUGACGUGCAAGCACAAGGAGGGCGACACGGUCAAAUUGACAAUCGCAGGCGCAGCUAGCGAUGAUGUCACCUGGAAGAAAGGAAUUACAACAAUAUCGACACAAGUUAAUAAGAUAGAGUUAGCUUCUUCCGACAAAAAUAAAGUCCUGACGAUCAAGACCCUGGCAGAAAGCGACGAGGGAGAGUACACGGCCUCGGGAGGCGGCCUCACAAACUCAGAAUUGUUCACCGUCCAAGUGGUACCAGUCUGCACGGCCAAGCAGUCUGAAACGGUGACAUGCAAGGGCAAGCUGGCCGGAGAGCUCGAAUUGAAGAUGGAUGGCGGCACCGGCCCAUUCGAAUGGUAUAAGGACGACACAAAAAUUUCUGCAGACGUUUCCAAGUACGACGGUUCAGUCGAGGCGGCUACCCUGACGAUCCUGAACCUGGACGUCAACGACGAGGAAGAGUUCAAGGGCAGCGCCAAUGGCGAAACAUUUAAGUUUGCCGUCCAAGUGGCGCCAAUCUGCACGGGCAGCAGCGAGACACCCAAGGCGUGCGAUGGCGCCCUGAACAAAGACCUCGUAUUGAAAGUCGGAAGCACAGCUACCAAAAAGGUCGAAUGGAAGAAGAAUAACAAACCUCUUAACAGUGACAAAUACGUCAAAAGCGGAACAGAUAACAUUAAGCUGAGGAUCACCAACCUGCAAGCAGGCGACGCGGGAACCUACACGGCCACCUACACCACCGAAGACAAAAAAGAGUCCUUCACCGUCAACAUUCCGGCUGCCGGCGACACCAAAAAUAACAAGAAGGACAACAACAGCGGCGGCGGCAGCAGCAGCAAUAACACCAGCACUGACCAAGUCAAUUUUGGCGACAGCAAGCCCAAGCCCAAGCCCGAGGACGGCAGCGGCGUCGGCGGCCUGUCCUACUCACCUGCUCUGCUGGUGACGGUCACCCUGGUGCAUCUGCUGCUUCAGCUGGCCGCCUAGAAGAUAGCAAGCCGAAGGCGGAGGCAGAAAAAGUGACCGCCAGCCAGCCCACCAGCCAUUGAUUGGUCUCUGCAUGCAUU